UUACCUGUCACCCCUCACUCCUCCCCGUCACCUGUCACCCCUCACUCCUCCCCGUUACCUGUCUUACCUGUCACCCCUCACUCCUCCCCGUCACCUGUCACCCCUCACUCCUCCCCGUUACCUGUCACCUCCACCCCUCCCAUUACCUGUCACCCCUCACCCCUCCCCUCCUCCCCGUUACCUGUCACCUCACCCAUCCCCGUUACCUGUCACCCCUCACCCCUCCCCCCUGUCACCCCCACCCCUCCCAUUACCUGUCACCCCUCACCCCUCCCCAACGUCGAUUACUUUAUUUACAUGGGCCGGUGCUGUUGUCAAGUGUCACUACCCUCCCGACGGGGCAUCUCAGUGGGGUGA